CUCAAGUUCUCUCCCGAGCCCGAGUCGACGCGAUUCGUUGUAUCCUCGUGGGAUAAGAAUGUUUACCUAUAUGACCUGCGGGAUGAGAAUGGUAGUGUAGGCGAAGGAAAACUACUUCAAACAUUCGAGCAUCGUGCCCCGGUUCUCGAUGUUUGUUUUGGUGAAAACGAGAAUGAGAUCUACACCGCUGGGUUGGAUUGGGAUGUUAGGAAGAUCGAUAUCAUGUCUUCUACACAGACAGUCUUGAGCAGCCACGAGGCUGGCGUUCGGUCUGUCGUCUACAGCAAAGAGCACGGGCUUGUGAUAUCGGCAUCCUGGGACUCCACUCUACAUGUGCACCGUAUCGAUACGGCAACAACCGAAACCACACCUGCAAUCGUUCCUCUCCCAUCCAAACCCUUCUCAAUCUCUCUCACAGCCACCAAGCUCGUUGUAGCAAUGGCCUCGCGUGCGCUACACAUUUACGACCUGAAGGCACUGUCUCUCCUCACAGCCCAAUCGGGCGGAGAGGUUCCGAACAAGGUUGAAGUCGAGCCGUGGCAACGAAGAGAAAGCAGUCUCAAAUUUAUGACCCGCAGUGUGGCCUGUAUGCCCGACGAUGCCGGAUACGCUUCUUCUAGUAUCGAAGGACGAGUGGCAGUCGAAUGGUUUGACCCCUCUGCCGAGUCGCAAGCACGGAAGUAUGCGUUCAAGUGCCACCGACAGACAGCCGAUGAUGUUGACGUUGUUUACCCGGUGAAUGCCCUUUCGUUCCACCCGGUGUUUGGAACUUUCGCGUCAGGAGGUGGUGACGGUGUUGUUGCACUGUGGGAUGGCGUUGCUAAGAGGAGGAUUCGGCAGUACCAGAAAUACCCAUCUAGCGUUGCAGCUGUUGGUUUCAGCGGGAAUGGCAAGUACCUGGCCAUUGCCAUCAGCCCAGGAUUUGAAGAUGGAAAGGAUGAGGUUGCCGAGGGUGUGGUCAAGAUCUUUGUUCGUGAACUUGGAGAGACAGAGGCAAAAGGUAAAGGCGCAAAAUAA